AUGGCGGCGGCGAGGAGCGCCGGAAUUUGGCGGCGAUGGGGAAUUCCAAGAGGCGGAGAGCGAACAGAACCCGGGAAGACAACCAAGUAUAUGACCAAGUAUGAGAGAGCUCGCGUUCUGGGCACACGGGCUUUGCAAAUCAGUAUUAACGCUCCAGUGAUGGUGGAACUCGAGGGCGAGACAGAUCCACUCGAGAUUGCUAUGAAGGAGCUGCGUGAAUGGAAGAUCCCUUUAUUCGGCGAUACCGAAUAUGCUCCAGUAUAAACGCUAUGGAGAGACAGAUCCACUUAAUAAGUCCUUAAUAAUCCACUCCAAAUGAUAUUGCGACAAGACGGGGGUAUGUUUACACAUUUAUACUCAUCCAUUUGUGGUGGUUGCUGUAGAACAGGGUGACAUCAAGAUCAAAAGCGAGAAUCAGAGAAAAGCCCAGUAGGCGGAUCAAUGUUAAAACUGCAAUAGAAGUUUUGGCUUUCUUAGCCUAGAAGUACUUCCGACUUGGCAGCAUUGCAUUUUGCCACGUGCACAAGCUUAGUACCUCCACGUGGCAUCGCAUAAUUUUGCCAUGUGUACCAGGCCUCUAACCUUUUACUUAUGUGUGCGUUAAAAGCUUUUGGA